AUCCCAGUUAUAUAAUGCAGUGCGCGCAUUUGGUCUUUUCAGUAGUUUAAAAUAUUCUUAAUGAAAAAUAUUUUUCAGUAUAGCAUUGUGAUUGCAAAGUUUAUCAAAAUAUCAAUAAGAAGAAAUUUUCAUAUUUAUUGAAAGUUUAAAUAUUUGUAAAAAUAUUUCUUUCGGCUGUUUGGGUGGAUUGCCUGAAUAUUGUGAAAAUACGCUCUGAAGUAGCGAAAAAGUAGCAAGUGUUUAAAAAAUUCGUGAGUCCUGUAAGGUCCUGGGUAGCUCAGUGGUUAGAUUAGGCGCCCGGAUUUCGAAAGGUUAUGGGUUCGAGUCCCAUCUCAGAGUGCCAGGGACAAUGUGGAUUUUUUAAGCAUUUUUCAUUAAGAAUACAUUACGUUUAUUUUCAGAGAGCGGUAAAUACUGAAGAAGAGGAGCAUGUCCAGAGUACCCAAAGUACUCGGCCUACGUCAAGCCCUGGCACGCGCCCCACGACGACAAGGACAUCGAACAUCUGCGCGCGAAGCACUCCAUGCGCCUGGACUAUAUACAGACCAGUAAUUAAAUUCAUAGAGGAAAAUGUCACGAACGCCUAUUGCGUGUGCGCUAAAGGGAUGGUAUGCACCAUCGAUGAAGACGAUACAUCAGUGAGUGCUUACGUGCACCGCUGCAAGUCGCCUUUAGAGGUCAACAGCUAGCGAUUGUACCUACCUUCGACUUCACCACGCUUUUCAUCGCCUCUUAUCAAGAAAAUAUGAAAAACUGCAUCCAUUUUAGUUGUCUUGACUGAGAGCUUUUAUUUUUAUUUCGAACACAAGUGUGUGUUUGCGUGUUUUUUUUUAUUAUUAUUUAGCAUAGUAUCACUUGUAAACAGGUUUGAAAAGUUUGCGAAAUCAUAGACUAUGAUAACAUUAUACUUAUUUUACUAACUGGUAACCUUGACGAUGUUAACACUGAUUAAAAAAUCUAAUGAAUAUUUGUAGCACACUUAAAUAGCAUUAUGGAAAUGUAUAUUUGAACAAAUAUAAUUCAAUUUGCAGUUGUUUUAACCAUUUGACGUCAUUUUUUUGUUAAGAAUCAAAACAUGUAUAAAUGCUUUGUAAUAUUACAUUAGAAGACCGAAAACACUCAUAGAUGAAUGCAUCAAUUUAAACAUCAGGACGGGUGGUGGCCUCCUAGUACAAUGAAAAAGAGGCAGAUUUUUCUUAAGUUGUAUUGGAUAAAAUAAGUGCUUAUUUUUGAUUACAUUCAAAAGUUCACGACCUGCUUUAAGAACCAUUCGCCACUGGUGACCAGCCAUUCUAACGGGCAACGAUGCAGGACAGCUAUAUUGCUAUUCGGUAAUAAAAGCCUUAAACUCGAUGAGGAGCACAGCGUUGUCACAUUAUAGAGCUUCAAUGAACUAAAUUUUUUAUUGCCUUUUGAUAUAGGUUUUAUUUGAUUGAACCCAUAUGCUGUUACAGCGUGAGCUCUAUGUCGAAUUUAAGGCUGGUUUUACUACAGAAUAGCACUACAGCUGUAAUGCGUAUCUUGAAAUAAAAUAAGCAUUAUGGUAAAUCCUUUGGCAAAUAUUCAUAAAUAGACUAAAAUAUUUGAUUGCUUUUUAGUGACAACGUUAAAAGUGUAAAGAAUGUUUUCUUUAUUAGCGUUUCCAGUCUUUGGUCGUAGGACAAUAAUAAUCGCUCUACCUCGUUUCUCGUUUGUAAUAAUGUAAUUUUUUGGCUUAUUAUGUAUUGUUGUUAGAACAUUCAAAAAGCACUUCCCAUUAUCAUAGUUCCGAUAAUUUCAAUUAACUGUUUGUUGCCACUUUAUGGCUAUUUCUGAUUGUACCUACAAAACGUGUAACAUGACUGAUUGGAUUGCAAUAACUAAUAUCAUAUUUUCGCUUCCGACUAAUAUCAAUCGUCAUCUAUUCCGCCUCAUGAUACUGUUACAGUUUUAUGCUCAUUACAUUAAAAUUUUUAGUACUUACUAGUUUUUUAAGAUGAAUAUGAGUGAUAAAAGUUAUGUAUGAUUUUUGAUGAUUUUUACUGAAUGUAAAAGAAUGCGUCAUUUAAGUUCCUAUUUUUUAAUAAUUUUUCUUCAUAAUUAUUUAUAGUGUAAUUUUAAGUAAUAAUAGCACAAUAUUGAUUCUUCAGCAGUGAUAGUAUGUGACAUAAUAAAUCUGUAUUAUUAGAUGAUUUAAUUUUUUUCUAAUAGUGAUGGUGAAUUAAAUGUUUUAAAAUUAUAACUGCGUCUUUGUUUCUUUUUACUCAUGAUUUUCUGGUCCCCAUACAUAAAAGUUGGAUUUUCAUUUUGCUUGCGCUACGAAUUUAAUCGAAAGGUUUGGUUUUAGAAGUAAAAAAAUGUAUUCUGUCUACCGUUAGAUAAUAGUAAGAAUGUAAAAUUUGAGAAUUCUAAAUUUGUUAGUUAUUGAAAACAUAAAAUUAGUAGCUCAAUUAACCUCUUCUUUUAAAAGUUCGUUUUGACAAAGUACAUAAUUGUAUUAUGGGCCCAAAAUAUGGAAGAAUAUAAAAUUCGUACUAAUUUCUUUGUAAUGUUAAAAAAAAUAUAGCAAUAAAGACUGUAAAUUGGAAGCAACCCGCUAUCAUUUAUAUACUAAAUUCAUAGAUAUGGGUUCGAUUUGGCACUAUCUUUGAGAAACAUGCUUUAUUACCAAGUCAUGUCGCAUCUACCCUCAAUCUAUGAUUCUGAGUCGACUUUUAAGAAAUGUUAUUAGAGGGUAUUUACAAAUAGUCCAUAGCAGUAACCAGUCAUAGUUAUCUACAUAAAUCUAUCCUACCUAUACAUCUAACGUAUAUAUU